AUGAGCCAUACUGGAUCCGGAGCUGUUGAACAUGCACUCUAUGGAAAAGACGAAAAGAAAAAGCAGAAUCAUUCCGAAGAAGCAAUAGAGUCUAUCCGCCAUGUUUCGACAACAAGCUCAAAUAGCGAGGAUGAGGCUGCUUCUGUGGAGGACAACAAUAUGCGAGAUGUCGAGUCCAGUAUAGCAGAACCGCCAUAUACUGUGUUCACGGCAAGUCAGAAGAGGUUCAUCGUCUUGUUAGCAGCUUGCGCCGGGUUCUUUUCAGCUGUCUCUGCCAAUAUUUAUUUCCCGGCUCUUAAUUCGUUGACCAAGGAAUUUCACGUUUCCGCAACAUUAAUCAACCUCACUCUGACCACAUAUAUGAUCGCACAGGGCAUAGCACCAGCCAUCAUUGGCGACCUGGCAGAUAUGGCUGGUAGGCGGCCAGCAUACUUUGUAUGCUUUGUCAUAUACAUCGGUGCUUGUAUAGGCAUCGCACUUUGUCAAAAUUACGUUUCUUUGCUCAUUUUGAGAUGUCUGCAGAGUGCUGGGUGCGGUGCCACAAUUGCGCUAGGCAGUGGUGUCGUUGCCGAUAUAGCAACGAGUGCUGAGAGGGGCACAUUCAUGGGCUAUGUUACUUCUGGUCCUAUGGUUGCUCCCGCACUUGGACCAGUACUCGGAGGUAUACUGGCAGAAUUCUUGGGAUGGCGAUCGAUAUUCUGGUUCUUGGUCAUCCUCAGCUCCUGUUACCUGGUACCAUUUCUUAUUGCUUUCCCGGAAACUGGUCGUAACGUUGUUGGCAAUGGAGCCAUCAAACCUCAAAGCUGGAACAAAUCGUUGAUCAACUAUCUACAUGAGCGCAAGGCUGCUAAAGCACCUGCUUUGACCCGUACAGUCACUCGUGAAAGCAUUAGACUAGAAGAAGCACGACUGGCUAAAGCCCGAAAAUUGCGAAUUCCGAACCCCCUGAAGACACUCAAGAUAGUCUUCGAGAAAGAUACUGGACUUCUGUUGUUCUACAACUCACUGGUGUAUACAGCUUUUUACGAUGUGACAGCUAGCAUGCCAUACCUCUUCGGGAGGAUCUACAACUACAACGACCUUCAGAUAGGUCUUUGCUUUAUUCCAUUCGGAGUUGGAUGUCUGAUUGCGCCAAUCCUAGGUGGAAAGGCUCUCGAUUGGAACUUCCGACGUCUAGCUGUCAAGCACGGUUUUCCGGUCGACAAGAAGCGAGCGACUGAUCUCAAAGAUUUUCCUCUCGAGAAGGCUCGCAUCCAGAUCACAUGGCCACUGCUUGUGGUCGGCGACGCAGCCUUACUUUGCUACGGCUGGAUAAUGGACGUGGAGACCAAUUUAGCAGCGCCAUUGGUUAUGUUGUUCUUCAUUGGACUCUGCUUGACCGGAGCCUUCAAUUGCAACAGUGUCAUGUUAGUCGACCUCUAUCCGCUCAGCCCAUCGACAGCCACAGCGGCGAACAAUCUCGUCCGCUGCCUUAUGGGAGCGGGCGGUACUGCUAUCAUCAUAAUCAUGAUCGAACAUAUGGGCAGAGGAUGGUGUUUUACAUUUAUAGCAGGCGUGGUGUUACUGUUCUCACCUAUCCUUUGGGUGCUUGAAAAGUAUGGGCAAGGAUGGAGGAAUGCAAGAGCCCAACGGAUGGAAGAACUAGCGGAGAAGAAACGACUGGCUGAACAAGAAGAAAAGGCGGACGAGUUGCAGACUUUCGAGGCUCAAACUGGGAAGUAA